UUUGCUUUGCGUUGGUAUUGAUGUGGAUUUGGACUGUGAUGUUUUGUUUUGUGACAUUUUUGAAUACCUAAGUUAUUCAGCAUUUAAUUUAAAUACAUUUUAUUUCUGAAGCAACCAUUGGAUAGUACAAUCUAAAGUAAUUAUAUUAUUUUAGAUGAAUCGUCAUAAGCUACGCGUGUGGUUGUUAAUUUUAGAAAUCGAACGAGAAGCAUAACAGGAAAGAGUUUAGUGUAAAUGUGCUUAUAUUAACAAUUUGUGCUGUAAUUUUAAAUACAAUGUCUACUAGAAGUGGUAGAGUUAGACAAAGUUUGAUAGAGCCUUCACCUCGAUCUCGUAAAGGUGUUUCACCGUCUCGAUCUCCUGCAAGGUCUAGAAAAAGUUCACCAGGUACGCGCUCAUCGACUCGUAAGUCUCCAUCUCGCAAAUCUCCUAUAAGUAAAUCGCCUAGUCGUAAAACUAAAACUCCGACUUCAAAGUCCCCUUCGAGACCUGUGAAAGAAACUGAGAGUGUUAAAGUAACUACUCCAAGUAAACGGCAAGCUCUAAGGUCAAAUGUGGAGGUUAAACUGACUGAUAUAGCAGAUAAAGUGGAUUUCUACCGGACCACUCGGUCACGUCUUAUCGAAUAUUCAAUAGGAGAUCUUCAAUCUAAUGUAACACAGACGGAGUUGACAAAUGAUCAAACAAAUGGAUUAGAAUCUCGCUUUACAACUCUCAGUGACUACAAUUUUCGACUCCGUAAGCCUUAUGAAGUGGUACCUACACGUGUAUCCAGAAGAUUACAGGAGUUAGCAGACAGUAAUGACAGACGAAGUAUCAGUAAGUCGAUCAGUGAGAGAAGUAAAUCAAUUAGCAAGUCUAUAAGCAAGUCUAUUGGCACUGUAUCAGAUGAAGAAAAUUCAGAUGAUGAUCUCCCCAGAAGGAAAUCAACGUCUGUCACAAGACGAUUAGCAACACCGCUAAGGUCAAGUGUUGCAAAACUGUUGCCAGCUAAUAAAAAAUUUGAAUUUGGAGGAAAAUUGGGCCCAAUUCUUUUGAUAAUAUUGAUACCAUUGACUGUAUUUCUUAUAUUAAUGGCUUGCUCUAAACUCUGUUCACACAGUCAUCUGUGUGACUUGACCGAAUUUAAGUCUAUUUAUAUUUGGUUCAAUUAUGAGUCAAUGGUGCUUCUUGGUGCACAAUACUUAAUUCAGGCUUUACUUCUUGUUUUGCCUGUUUUUGGUCAAAAAGACAAUGAAAAAGGGAAGAAACAAAGCUUCAAUGCGUUUUUCUCUUGCAUACUUACUACUACUAUCCUGUUUUCUUUGAAUUAUUUCAAAAAAGUCAAUGUUGAUGCAUUAAUGAAGUUGUAUUUGAGUUUAGCGGCCACAUCUUAUAUUACUAGUGUUUUAUUAUCUAUAUUUUUAUAUAUCAAGAGCAGGAAAUUAGAUGCUGCAUCAUUAAACCCAUAUGGCAACACAGGAUAUUUUAUAAAUGAUUUCUUCAUUGGGAGAGAAAUUCAUUCAUUCAUAAAAAAAUUAAACAUUAAACUAUGGAUUUCUCGAGUAUGCAACAUAAACACUCUUAUUCUAUCAAUACUUAUUUUUAAAUGCGGCUUUCAUCUACCAACAAAAGACAUUCAAAUGCUUUCAUUGGAUAACUACAAGGAGUUUGUUAGUAAAGUGCAGUACAAACCCACUAUUGUGCUGUACUCAAUGAUGCAAAUAAUAUAUACACUAAACUAUGUGUUGAAAGAGCACAAAAUAACAUCAACUUUCUACUGGCAAUCUGAAGGGUUGGGAUAUCUUCAGACAGUUUGUAGCGCCCUCUAUCCUUUCUAUUUCACAAGUAUAUCUAAAUAUUUAGUUGAUGUUGAACUAGAGAUGUCUACUAAUGCAUUAGUUGCCGCAUUAACACUGUUCCUGUUGGGAUUCCUUAUAAUGCUUAUAAGUAACAAUAUUAAACAUGAAUUCCGGAAAAAUCCAUGCCAUCCCAGUGUUACACGUUUGGAUUCUAUGCCCACGUUGCACGGCAACAAGCUACUAGUCUCCAAUCUUUGGGGAACUCUACGUCAUCCAAAUUACACCGGUGAUAUAAUAAUUCAUAUAGCUUUUGCAUUGCCAGGUAUUCUUAGUAAGAAACCUAUAAUAGCUUUGCCUGCGGUGAUAACUGUAUUUGUUUUAUUACAUCGUGCAUGGCGUGACCAUAACAGAUGUUUACAACGUUAUGGAUCAGCUUGGCAAAGAUAUUGUAAGAGAGUGCCUUCGGUAAUAAUACCUAAAAUAUUGUAAUUUAUACAGAAUCAUUUAUUUCAUCAAUUAAUUAGAUUUUAAAUGACAUUUAUUUAUGUAAUUUGCUAUUUGAUAUAGCGAAAUUUUUAUCUUUUCGUGGAGUAUUUUUUAGUUAGUACCAAAUAUCAUGAGAGAUUAUAUUUAGUUAACUUUAACUGUGAAAGAGGGAGUAAGGGAGUGAAUUCACAUUUGGCUGGUAUAGGUUGGUACAAGUAGUAAAUACUAAGCAUCCAUGCGUUUGGAGUUGAGCACUUGACUUGUAAUCUGCAGGUCCUGGGUUCAAAUUCAUGCACCAAGAGUGCUGACGAUUUACAUAUUACAUUUAGCCGACAAUCUUACGGAGAAAGAAAACAUACAAAACAUAGUUAUGUAAACAGCACAUAUCUGCAAAGAAAUUAAA